CCCAUCAAAAGGCACACUCAGAGUUCAGCAGCUCCUCCAGCAACAAGCAACAGUCAGCAAUCCGCAAAACCUCACAAAAACCCAAAAACAUGAAGUUCUUCGCCGUCCUCGUCAUCCUCUCCGCUUGUGUGGCCAUCGCUCAAGGAGCAACUGCUACGGGUACCUCGCCAUCGUCUUUUUCCACUCCGACCACGCCUUCGUCGCCCUCAACAACGACGUACACCUACACAACCACCCCAACUUAUACCACCCCCACCGCAACCACCACCACCACCGUGAAGCCCUUCAAGCAGCAGCUCCUCUCCCUGCUGUUCAACAAGAAGACCGGAUAGAGCCACCAGCACAGCGAUCCACGAUGCCGCCUCUUGAAACGAUCCGUAUCACCUGAAUAGCCCAAACAAUAAUAAAAACACCAAAACAAACACA